AUGGAGAUGACACAGUACAUCAGCCUUACUCCAAAUAUGCAAAGUAAGCAGGAUGCCUUGUGGAACCAGGUACCCUGUUUCCUGAGAGACUGGGAGUUGCAGGUGCACUUCAAGACCCAUGAACAGGGAAGAAGAAGCUACCUGGGGGUGGCUUGGCAAUUUGGUACACAAAGGAUCGAAUGUAGCCAGGACUGCUAUCCCAAUGAGGAGAAGCAGCAAGAGAGGGUAUUCCCCUACAUCUCAGCCAUGGUGAACAGCAGCUCACUCAGAUAUGAUCAUGAAGGAGAUGGGUGGCCCACAGAGCUAGGGGGCUGCACAGCCAUUGUCCACAAUCUCCAUUAUGACACUUUCCUUGUGAAUCGCUAUGUUAAGAUAUUGACAAUAAUGAUGGAUAUCCAUGGCAAACAUGAGUGGAGGGACUGCACUGAGGUGCCCAGUCUUCCCCUGGGCUACUACUUUGGCACCUCCUCCAUCACUGGGGAUUUCUCUGAUAAUCACAAUGUCAUUUCCCUGAAGUUGUUUGAACUAACGGUGGAGAAGAUGCCAGAAGAGGAAAAGCUUCAUGUGUUCUUGCCCUCAGUGGACAAUAUGAAGCUGACUGAGAUGAUGGCCCCACUGCUGCCCUUGAGUGGCCUGACCCUCUUCCUCAUCAUCUUUUUCUCUCUGGUGUAUUCUUUGUUUUCCAUUGUCAUUGGUAUCAUACUCUACAACAAAUGGCAAGGACUGACUGAGUGA